GGAUCCAUGCACAGGAAGCAUCAGGAAGAUCAUCUUCGCCAAGAAUAUCAAAUAGUCCACCGUAUGGGACUUCAACGACAAAUCGUGCCCUUCCGGCACCAACAUCAGCGCCUCAAACUGGUCCUUUUUAAAAAAUUAUUUUAUUUUAAAUUUUCAGCACAAAAAUCUACAUCAUCCUCUGGAGCGGCUUUGCAAUCAACAGGUCGUCGGAGAGGUUUUGGUGGAUUCGCUGGUUCUGUUCAACCACCGGCUAUUGUUCUACCCUUACCUGCGGUAUCUUUUACACAACCAAAGUCUGCUUCAUCAAAUGCUUCUGGUGUUACAACUCCAGCAGUAACUGCGCCAGGACUUGUGAUUCCACAACUUGGAAGCAAAGAAACGGUAGCUACUUCACAAAUUAAAAUGGAAGUAGAUUUACCCGAGGUUAAGAAAGAAGUAAACGAACUUCAACCAAAAAACAAUCUUGAAUCAUCCCAGAUCAAAGAAGAUGUUAAUGUACCUCAACCCCAAAAGGAUAUAAAUGUCGAUUCAUUUUAUUCUGCUUUGAAUGAUGACACAUUUGAACCGCCUAAAUUAGCUAUCCCACCUCAAUUACUACAAACAGCUGCUGAAAGUCAACCUGAACAACAAAAAGUGAAGAAGCCGAAACUUGAUUUUCUUGAUCGUAUUGGAGAGAAGGUUAAAUCUAAAUUUGUUUCUUUUGAUCCGAGUAAGCCGGCAUCCUUUUUGCCUUCAGUUCCAAAUACUUCGAAGGAUUCUGAUGAUGAAGAAGAACCACCAGAAACUCAAUUGGCAAUUGGUGGUCCUGAAGCUUGGACAGCUUUGGCUAUUCGCGAGGAUACAACUAUUGCAAAAACAAAGACUGAAAUUGCUCCAAAACCUAAACAAAAAAGCGAUAAGAAUAAGCAAGUUGCUCAUAGAAGGAAAGGAAAAGGCAAAAAGACAAAAUAUUCUUCUGGUCCGAAGUUAAAUACAGCAACAAAAAUUGCAGCUGCGAACGUUGCAGGAGCCCUCAGUGAUCAGCUGCAAACACAACGAGAAGAAAAAGGCGAAGAAGCUUCUUUGGCCUCUCAAGAGCAUGUACAAAUUCGUGGAAAUGAUGCAAGGCAUUUAUUGAUUCAAAAAUUGAUGAGAACAAAUCGGUCGUCAGUAGUUUUGUUAAAGAAUAUGGUUGAGCCAAAAGAUGUAGAUGAAUUUUUGGAAGAUGAAAUAAAGGAAGAAUGUCAAAAAUAUGGAACUGUUACUGAUGUUGUAAUUGUCCAAGAAGAAGACACACAAACAGUUAAAAUCUUUGUCAGAUUUUGUGAACCAACACAGGCAGAUGAAGCAAGGAAAGCUAUUGAUGGACGUUAUUUUGAUGGGCGAACUGUAAGUGCACAAUCCUAUGACCAAGUACUGUUUGAUCAUGAUGAUUUUACUGGAUAA